AUGGAACCAGUUGACGCCGAACGCGCGCGACAGCUGUCGCUCUUCCGGCCAUUAGGCUACCAACGGAACUCCUGCGGUUACUGUAAAUCAGAGGAUGGUAGCGCCUCCUACUACGCCAGCUCUGUGGCCGUGCGCCCCGAGCACUAUGGGGAGCUAAUUGAUCGGGGUUGGAGACGAUCCGGCUCGCUAUACUAUAAGCAGAACUUGCAGCGGUCAUGCUGUCCUCACUACACGCUGAGACUCGAGGCUUCUGCUUACCAACCUCGCCGUGACCAGCGCAAGGCAAUCAAUGCCUGGACCAAAUUUGUUCUGGGUCCCGAGUACAUGCGCAAGGCAGCCAGACUGUGUCCCCGCACUCGAGAGGAAAAGCGACACCGAAAGUGCAACUUUGACCUGCUGUCUGCUGUUCACGAAUCGGAAUAUAGCAACGUCAAGCGGCCCAUUGAUCCAGAGACGAAAAGACCCCUGGAGCCGGCGCAUCGUUUCGAGGUCAACAUCGAAGGAGACUCGGUUUCUCAGACGAAGUUUGAGCUUUUUUCCAAGUAUCAGACAAAAGUUCAUCGCGAGGACGUCUCCCGUUGGAAGACCAAGGACUUUGAGCGCUUCCUCUGCGCUGGCAUCAAGCGAUCUCCCGCCAAACCUACAAAGGCUAAUGCAGACGAAAAAAAGCUCGGGUCAUGGCAUCAGUGUUAUCGACUGGAUGGCAAGUUGAUCGCUGUUGCGGUCCUGGAUCUAGUUCCCAAUGGCGUGAGCUCGGUAUACGUCUUCUAUGAUCCUGAAUAUGAGCACUGGCAAUUUGGCAAGCUCAGUGCCAUGCGCGAAAUUGCCUUUUGCAUCGAGAACGACUAUCCUUUCUACUAUAUGGGAUACUAUAUCCACAGUUGCGUAAAGAUGCGCUACAAGGGCGACUUCCGACCACAGUAUAUCCUUGACCCCGAAACAAAUGAAUGGGAUCCCUUGGCUGGCGAACUCACGGAAAAACUCAACAAGCGUUCCUAUGUCUCCCUGUCACGAGACCGAUCCCGAUCCACAAAUGCCGAGGACUCGACUUCGAGUCAGCCAAUCGACAGCGAUAUCAAUGAGGAAGAGCUUUCCCUCUUUGACCUUCACAUGCCUGGUGUCUUGACUAUGGAUGAGGUAGAAGCAUUGGACCUGGAUCAUUGGCACCUCCUCUACCACGGGACCUUUGUGAACAUGAGUGUAACACCACCUUCUCAUCUCUCUCUGAGCCACCUUGCUGACUCCAUACAGGAUCUCGUCGGCUGGGAAGACAUGCCCAUGAACAACCCACAAUCACUGAAGGGAAUCAUUGCCGAGCUGGCCGCAGUCCUAGGCCCAACCCUUGUGAAGGACAGUGCAGUGGUUCUUUUCGACUAA